UUUUCUGUCACGAAGGGGGGAAUCCCGGUUGGUACCGAGGGUCUCUCAGCCUCGCGAACUCGUCGGGGGCUUCCCGGGAAAAGUGUUACUGCUGGGGAUUUAAAUUAAAAGCACUGGAGCAAUUUCCUUGCGGGAUGAUGCGGCGCGGCGGAGUCUGCUGAAGCGGUGCCGUGCUUUGGAGGCUUGGCUGCUCUGAGUUACCGUGGCGGGUGUUGGACUUGAAACCUCUGCCUCUGAAAGUUCCGUGACAAUAAAGCUGCUCUGGUUUCCUUUGGAGUCCGAUGGAAAUCUGCUGAAGGGCACUAAACACUUCUGAAGUGGCUUGGAUUCAGCCGCUGUUUUCAGAGAGCCUGUCCCUGGACUGCUGUCUCUGCUAGGAUUCAAAGAAUCAAAAGUUUCUGGUGGAAAAUACUGUAAGCUGCGGUUUCUCAGAGUUGUAGCAAGCUGCCACAGAAAGUGAAAGAUGAAGCCUCUUGUUUUCUUGGUUCUUGUGAUCUGUACUGUAGUCAGCAUGAAUUUGAAGCUCGUGUCAAAGAGGAAUUCUGUUGAUGGUUGCAUUGACUGGUCAGUGGAUCUCAAGACAUACAUGGCUUUGGCAGGUGAACCAGUCCGAGUGAAAUGUGCCCUUUUCUACAGCUAUAUCAGAACUAAUUAUAGCAUGGCCCAAAGCACAGGUCUUAGGCUUAUGUGGUACAAAAACAAAGGAGAUUUAGAAGAACCCAUUAUAUUUUCUGAAGUUAGAAUGAGCAAGGAUGAAGAUUCCAUAUGGUUUCACUCGGUUGAGCUGCAAGACAGUGGUUUCUACACAUGUGUUCUGAGAAACUCAACGUAUUGCAUGAAGGUCUCCAUGUCCUUGACGGUAGCUGAGAAUGAAUCUGGGCUUUGCUACAACAGCAAGAUCAGAUACCUGGAAAAAUCAGAAGUCACUAAAAGAAAGACAAUCUCCUGUCCUGAUAUUGAGGAUUACAAAACAGCCAAUCAAGAGCCAAAUGUGGUGUGGUACAAGGAAUGUGAGCCGAAAAUGUGGAGAAGUGUUGUAAUUCAGAAGGGAAAUACUCUCUUAAUUCAAGAGGUCCAGGAAGAAGAUGGAGGAAAUUAUACCUGUGAACUAAAGUUUGAAGGCAAGCUUAUACGAAGGACGGUUGAAUUGAAGGUUACUGCUUUAGUCACAGACAAACCUCCAAAGCCAUUGUUCCCCAUGGAGAACCAGCCAACUGUUAUAGAUGUCCAGCUGGGAAAUCCACUGACUGUGGCCUGCAAAGCUUUCUUUGGAUUCAGUGGAGAAUCAGGCCCCAUGAUCUACUGGAUGAAAGGGGAAAAAUUCAUAGAAGAAUUGGAAGGUCACAUUAGAGAAGGCGAAGUCAGACUCCUCAGAGAACAUCUUGGAGAAAAAGAAGUUGAGUUGACAUUGAUCUUUGAUGCUGUAGAGGAGGCAGACCUGGCUAACUACACAUGUCAUGUGGAGAACAGAAAUGGACGGAGACACGCCAGCGUUCUUCUGCGCAAAAAAGAUUUGAUCUACAAAAUAGAACUUGCUGGAGGACUGGGAGCCAUCCUUCUUCUGCUUAUUUUGCUCGUGACCAUCUAUAAGUGCUACAACAUAGAGUUAAUGCUGUUCUACAGACAGAACUUUGGAGGAGAUGAAGCAGCUGAUGACAACAAAGAAUAUGAUGCUUAUCUUUCCUACACCAAAGUGGAUCCUGAUGCGUUAGAUCGUGAUAAUAAUGAAGAAGAGCAGUUUGCACUUGAAAUUCUGCCAGAUGUUCUAGAAAAGCACUAUGGAUAUAAACUCUUCAUUCCAGAUAGGGACCUGAUCCCUAGUGGAACCUACAUUGAAGAUCUCACAAGAUGUGUUGAGCAAAGCAGAAGACUCAUUAUCGUGUUAACUCCAGACUAUGUUCUCAGGAGAGGAUGGAGUAUUUUUGAGAUGGAAAACAGACUCCAUAACAUGCUAGUCAGUGGAGAAAUCAAAGUUAUUUUGAUUGAGUGUACUGAAUUAAAAGGGAAGGUGAAUUAUCACGAAGUGGAAUCAUUAAAGCACACCAUCAAACUUCUCUCAGUGGUCAAGUGGAAAGGACCAAAAAGCAGCAAACUGAACUCUAAGUUUUGGAAGCGCCUAGUCUUUGAAAUGCCAGGGAAGAAAAAGGAGGUGGUGUCUCGGCAUCAGGUGCUGGAUUCUGCAGAGCAGGGCCUCUUUGGAGACCUGCAGACUGUGCCCUCCCUCGCCGUCACGGGCACCUCUGCCACGCUGGUGGAGUCGCGGGCGGGCCUGGGCGGUUUCCAGCAGGCAGAGUCGGCGCACAGCCGGCACUUCUGCCGCGGCUACGAGUGCGACGUGUCGGCGGCCACGCUGCCCCUGGCCUCCAUCAGCAACCACCACACGUACUGUAACAUCCCCCUGGCGCUCCUCAACGGACAGCUACCUCUCAACAACGCCGUCAAGGACCCCCAGGAGUUCCACAGGAACAGCCCCUUGCUACCUUUGUCGGCCAAGGAGCUCAGCUUCACCAGUGAUAUCUGGUAGAACGUCAGGGCUCUUUGGAGAUGCUUCAUGGCCACCAUGAAGAGACGCCCGUAAAGAACUUUGCCCUACCCGCACGGGGUGAGAAAACCUAUUCAAAGCAGCAGCACACUUGUUUGCUUUUCUACUUGAACUGUUUUGUUUACAUUUACAAAUUAUUGACAAAGGGGGCAUUCUUUUGUAACUCAGUAAUGUCCUUCCUGUCUUUUAGUGUACAGUUUUAUUGCUUCUUAAAAAGGAGGGGGGAGAGAAAAACGCAUCCCAUCACUUCACAGUAGGUUUACAAUCUGGGACGGAGAAAAGGUCACUGUGUAUGAUCUCCAACAUCCAUACAUAUUUAGGUAACUGUAUUUGGAAUACACAGAAGUUGUUGGGUUUUUCAUAUAGACUACAGUACAGUUUGAAAUUCUAAUCAUGCUACAAAAAUUAGUUUCUCCUGCACAGACCACAAGGGGUGAAUCGUCUUGAAAAGGAAGGGAAGGAAACCUUCCUGAUAACAUUGUCUUGCAAAUACUUCUUAGAAGAUGCCCAGCUGAAACAGUGCAGACAAAGCUUUAUCAAUAAAGUGCAUAGUAACAGUUACAAAAUAAAUCACCUGCUCCCAUCAGCAUCUCUUCAUUUUAUUAUUGAGGUAUGUUCUAUUCCUAGUCAAUGGUUAGCAAUGUGGUUUUAUUAAACAAAUUACUAGAAUACUGGAAGAUGUUUAAGAGGAUUUUAAACAAUUUUUCUCUAAACUAUAGAUUGUUUCACAAUUUUUUGCAGAUUUUUAAUGACUUUUUCCAAACAGUUUAAGUAUAAACUUAGCUGUCAAUUGCCCAAUUCAUUAAUCUGAAAUUUCUUAAGAUCUAAGAUUUGUAGUAAAGUAAUUUUAUGUAGGAUUUUUUUUCCAAAACCAGUAGUUACAAUUUGAAAUUAACCUUUUUUUGUGAGAACAUCAGCAAUAGAAAACUACAGCAAUAUUCAGAGAUUAAGUGCUGAAUUAUUCAGGUUUACUAGUAAGUCUGACUUCUGUUGCAGUGAUAAUCACCUGAAACAGUUUUCUCUCUUCUUUAUCUACCUGCCAAUUUAUUUACCUUUUAAAUAUGGCAGAAGCAGGAAUAUUUCUACUCUCUAUGUAACUGGUGAAAAGUAAUAUUUUUCAGCAACUGGCAAGGUCUUGCAUUUCACACUUGUGUGAGUGAUCCCAUCAGUCAAAUAGGAUCCUGUCAUUUAGCCUUCCUGCUGCUGGUGGAUGAGAAUUGUUCCACAGGCGCUCGGCAUCAGGGAUUGCUGCUCUGUGAGUACCAGGAUGUUUCAUGGAGAUUUCCACACUCAGCUGGGUAAGGGUUGCAGAGUCAGGCUAUGGAGACAAUUGUAUUAAAAGAAAAAGCUCUAAAAUAAUGAAGGCAAAAGCCAGUUUUGCAGGUUUUGGCAUGGCUCUAAUGAAAACACAGCAGACAUGAGAGCUUUGUCUCAAUAACAUCUGCUGGAGCAAGUUCCCAAAAAUAUUUUUAAGGCAGGCAACCUUGCCUGUGCUUCAUUAUGUCUUUAGCAUUUUUCUCUUUGAUUGCAUGAAUAAAAGUUAGCACUCUGCA